CCUUCGUCUAGUCUGACGCAGAAACUACUCGGAAAAUGCAGGCAGUCAUCAAUUUACUUAUCGUGUCGGUUAUCUUAGCGCCAUGUGAAGGUGAAAAUUCAGGACCUCCAACGGUCCACCUGGAUCAGGGCGUCCUUCAAGGGAAAACCGAGAAAAGUCGGGGAGACAGGAAUUACUCGGUUUUUUAUGGCGUGCCAUUUGGGAAAGUUGAGAAACGGUUUGAGAUGUCGAAACCCGCCGAUGGUUGGAGCGGGGUUAGGAUGGCGACGGAAAAUGGACCAGAGUGCAUGCACGCGAGUCUUUUAGACGGUAAAGUAACCGGAAGUGAGGAUUGUCUCAAUUUGGACGUGUACACUCCAAAGUUGGCAUCGAAUGAUUCCGAAAAACUGCUCCCAGUUCUUGUCUGGAUUUAUGGGGGUGGUUUCGCAGCCGGGUCAAAUCGGGUCUAUGGGGGGUCCUACUUUAUGGACGAGGAGGUCAUUCUGGUUGUUAUAAAUUAUAGAGUUGGUGCAUUCGGAUUUCUCAAUGCUGGGGUUUCAAGUGCGAGAGGAAAUCAAGGAAUGAAAGACCAAGUCCUCGCUCUGCGCUGGGUGCGUGACAAUAUUCACCACUUUUCCGGGGACAAAGACAAAGUGACGAUAUUUGGCCAGAGUGCGGGUGGCAUUUCGGUCUCUCUGCUGACCGUGUCCCCCAUGGCGACCGGUCUCUUCAGUCGCGCCAUCAUGCAAUCCGGCACGGCAGGAAUGCCAUUCUUCUUCCGUGGUCUGGCCGGACGCGAUGUCGCCGUCAAGUUGGCGCAGGAAGUGGACUGUCCGUCCAGCAAUAUGCAAUACUUGGUCGAAUGUUUGCAAAGAUUGGAUGCCAAAGUCAUCGUGAAAAAUACGCGACUGAACUAUGAAUUCGGUCACGACGAAUCCUCCGUGGCUCUGACGGGUCCAACCUACGAAACCUACCUUCCCCCCGAUAACUCCACAGGCGAUGUGUUCCUCACCGAGUCCCCAUACGACCUCAUCGUCGCCGGAAAAUUCGCCAAGGUUCCCAUAAUCAUGGGGUUCGUGGCGUGCGAAACUUGCGCCACCGUCUCUGCCACCCUUAAAAAUCCGACCUUUAUUAAGAAAUUGAACCAUCAGUGGGGUCGGAUUGCCCCAAACGCUUUAUUCAUUUCGAACACCGCGGAAGAUCCCGCCCUUGUUAGUCAAGCGAUAAAAGCGCACUUCCUCGGAGACGAUUACAUCAAUGAGACGAUCUACUCAAAGUUUGAGGCCCUCUAUUCCGAUCGCCAAUUUGUCCAUUCGACUCGCAUUUAUGCGGAAAUCUAUGCGAAACAUGUGCCCGUUUAUCUAUACAAUUUUACGCAGAUGGUUCCCAUCGUAAAGUUUGGAACCGCUACGGAAGGGGAACAAACCCGUAAGGUUCCCGGCCAUGCGGAUGAAAUAUCGUACAUUUUCGAUGGGAAGGGUGAAUUAGCAAAUUAUCUGCACAGAAUCGGCAAAGGUCAUGACGACGAGAAAUUCUCAAAAGAGACGAUCGCCACUUGGGUAGCGUUUGCAGAUACGGGUAAACCAAGUGGUCCAUGGGAAAACUUGGCAUGGCCGACAUUUAAGCCGGACGAAAAAGGAACCGCAAAAUGGCUACGGAUUGAAAAUCCACCAAAAGUCGAACCAUUACCGGAUUCUUGGGAAGUGAAUAAUAAAUUUUGGAAGGGUUUAAAUAUCAAGGAAUUUGGGGGGACUUGGAAGUCAGACGAAUUGUAGGGUUAAUUAAGACUACAGUGUUUUUAUGUAGAUUAAAAAAUUAACUGUUUUCAUGACGCAAAAACAGAAAAAAUAAU